AUGUCUCAGUCAGUCCGUGUCCCUAUGCCUGUCCCAGUGACACAGUCACCUCAGAAUAAGUUGAUUUGCGCAACCAGAUGGGUGAGUGACCUGGGGCUGUCCAUGAUGGAGGAGAGGAGCUUUGCUCUUACAGCCUCCUUCCAUUUUGACCAACAACAGGACGUUGAGUGCCAGCGCUGGACCAACAACCAAUCCGAUGAGUGCCACUGUACUGACAACCAAUCAGAAGAGUGCCACUGGACGGACAACCAAUCGGAUGAAGUGGAGAGUUGCACCGAGGAGUUGGAGGAGUUCUUAUGCGAAAUCCAAGUAAAAAUGUUCAUAUAAUAUCUCUCAAUGGAACUAUAUGGGUUGAUAUACAGAGCUGUGAAAAAGUAUUUGCCCCCUUUCUGAUUUUCUUUACUUUUACAUAUUUUUGAUACUGAAUGUUAUCAGAUCUUCAGCCAAAACCUAAUAUUAGAUAAAGGGAACCUGAGUGAACGUAUAACACAACAAUUACAUACUUAUUUAUUUUAUUUCAUGAACAAAGUUAUGCAACACCCAAUGCCCCUGUGUGAAAAAGUAAUUGCCCCCUUUACACUCAAUAACUGGUUGUGCCACCUUAAGCUGCAAUGACUCCAUCCAAACACUUCCUGUAGUUGUUGAUCAGUAUCUCACGUCGCUGUGGAGGAAUUUUGGCCCACUCUGUUUUGUACCCAUCUCGUCCAAAAUGUUGACUCAAGUUUGCCAAAAAGCGCCUGGAAGCACCUGAAUGAUCAUCAAGACUCUGUUCUAGGGACAGAUGAGUCAAAAGUAUAACUUUUUGGACGACAUGGAUCUCGUUAUGUCUGGCAAAAACCAAGCACUGCAUUCCACAGUAAGAACCUCAUACCAACGGUCAAGCAUGGUGGUGGUAGUGUGAUGGUUUGGGGAUGCUUUGCUGCCUCAGGACCUGGACUUGCCUUAAUAGAAGGAACCAUGAAUUCUGCUCUGUGUCAGAGGAUUCUACAGGAGAAUGUCAGACCAUCCAUCUGUGAGCUGAAGCUGACGUGCAGCUGGGUCAUGCAGCAAGACAAUGAUCCAAAACACACAAUCAAGUCUACAUGAAAAUGGUUAAAAAGCAACACAUUUGAAGUUUUGGAAUGGCCUAGUCAAAGUCCAGACCUAAUCACAAUUGAGAUGUUGUGGCAGAACUUGAAACGAGCAGUUCAUACUUGAAAACCCACAAAUGUCGCUGGGUUAAAGCAGUUCUGCAUGGAAGAGUGGGCCAAAAUUCCUCCACAGCGACAUGAGAGACUGAUCAACAGCUACAGGAAGCAUUUGGAUGGAGUCAUUGCAGCUAAAGGUGACACAACCAGUUAUUGAGUGUAGAGGGGGCAAUUACUUUUUCACACAGGGGAAUUGGGUGUUGCAUAACUUUGUUCAUGAAAUAAAAUAAAUAAGUAUGUAAUUGUUGUGUUAUUCGUUUACUCAGGUUCACUUUAUCUAAUAUUAGGUUCUGGUUGAAGAUCUGAUAACAUUCAGUAUCAAAAAUAUGCAAAAGUAGAGAAAAUUACAAAGGGGGCAAAUACCUUUUCACAGCACUGUAGUCUGGUUUAUAUACCACAGAGUGCUGGAGUUCCUAUUGCAAAACAAGUCCUAACACAAGCACUAUUGUGGGAAAUGUAGUAGAGACCCAAAACAAGUUUGCUGGUACAGUGUGUAUCCUAGUCUCUGAAUGGAUCUGUCUAUGGGUUGUGGCUCACACCGUGUGGGGAUUAGGCAUGGUUCUAUCUAUGGGUUGUGGCUCACACUGUGUGGGGAUUAGCAACGGUUAUAUCUAUGGGUUGUGGCUCACACUGUGUGGGGAUUAGGAAUGGUUCUAUCUAUGGGUUGUGGCUUACACUGUGUGGGGAUUAGCAACGGUUAUAUCUAUGGGUUGUGGCUCACACUGUGUGGGGAUUAGGAAUGGUUCUAUCUAUGGGUUGUGGCUCACACUGUGUGGGGAUUAGGAAUGGUUCUAUCGAUGGGUUGUGGCUCACACUGUGUUGGGAUUAGGAAUGGUUCUAUCUAUGGGUUGUGGCUCACACUGUGUGGGGAUUAGGAAUGGUUCUAUCUAUGGGUUGUGGCUCACACUGUGUGGGGAUUAGCAACGGUUAUAUCUAUGGGUUGUGGCUCACACUGUGUGGGGAUUAGGAAUGGUUCUAUCUAUGGGUUGUGGCUCACACUGUGUGGGGAUUAGGAAUGGUUCUAUCUAUGGGUUGUGGCUCACACUGUGUGGGGAUUAGCAAUGGUUCUAUCUAUGGGUUGUGGCUCACACUGUGUGGGGAUUAGGAAUGGUUCUAUCUAUGGGUUGUGGCUCACACUGUGUGGGGAUUAGGAAUGGUUCUAUCUAUGGGUUGUGGCUCACACUGUGUGGGGAUUAGGCAUGGUUCUAUCUAUGGGUUGUGGCUCACACUGUGUUGGGAUUAGCAAUGGUUCUAUCUAUGGGUUGUGGCUCACACUGUGUGGGGAUUAGGCAUGGUUCUAUCUAUGGGUUGUGGCUCACACUGUGUGGGGAUUAGGAAUGGUUCUAUCUAUGGGUUGUUGCUCACACUGUGUUGGGAUUAGCAAUGGUUCUAUCUAUGGGUUGUGGCUCACACUGUGUGGGGAUUAGGCAUGGUUCUAUCUAUGGGUUGUGGCUCACACUGUGUGGGGAUUAGGAAUGGUUCUAUCUAUGGGUUGUGGCUCACACUGUGUGGGGAUUAGGAAUGGUUCUAUCUAUGGGUUGUGGCUCACACUGUGUGGGGAUUAGGAAUGGUUCUAUCUAUGGGUUGUGGCUCACACUGUGUGGGGAUUAGGAAUGGUUCUAUCUAUGGGUUGUGGCUCACACUGUGUGGGGAUUAGGAAUGGUUCACAGAGAGCAAGGCUAACAUAUGGCCACAGCUCCACGAGCCAGCUGAUCCUGCAGUACAGCCCCUUAACUCAACUCAGAGUAACACCACAGCAACACUCCUCACACCACAUAAAGAGGAGCAAUGAGAGAGCCCCUUAGCUCUCCUCUGAAUACAUUCACAUUUUAGUCAUUUAGCAGACACUCACGAUAAGUGCAUUCAGCUACAGUAAUUAAAAUAACCACAUAUCAUAAUCCUUACAAGCUAAAUCUUCUUCCAAAUAUGUGCAAAAUCAGUGCUAGUAAAGGAAACACGAUGAGAGUGCUUAGUUGCUUUGUUAGUGGAGGCCGAACUCCACACAAUAGAGCACUGACCCCAUGAAAAGUCUGAUCAUAACUUCCAAUGGUCUGUAACGCAUUAGUGCCAUUUUGUGUACUCCCUGUUGUACUCUCUGUUGUACUCUCUGUUGUCUGUUGUUCUCUCUGUUGUACUCCCUGUUGUCUGUUGUACUCUCUGUUGUACUCUCUGUUGUACUCUCUGUUGUCUGUUGUACUCUCUGUUGUACUCUCUGUUGUACUCCCUGUUGUACUCUCUGUUGUACUCUCUGUUGUCUGUUGUACUCUCUGUUGUACUCUCUGUUGUCUGUUGUACUCUCUGUUGUACUCUCUGUUGUACUCUCUGUUGUCUGUUGUACUCUCUGUUGUACUCUCUGUUGUACUCUCUGUUGUCUGUUGUACUCUCUGUUGUACUCUCUGUUGUACUCUUUGUUGUAAUCUCUGUUGUCUGUUGUACUCUCUGCUUUACUCUGUGGUACUCUCUGUUGUCUGUUGUACUCUCUGUUGUAAUCUCUGCUGUACUCUGUUGUACUCUCUGUUGUCUGUUGUACUCUCUGUUGUACUCUCUGUUGUACUCUCUGUUGUCUGUUGUACUCUCUGUUGUACUCUCUGUUGUACUCUCGGUUGUCUGUUGUACUCUCUGUUGUACUCUCUGUUGUACUCGCUGUUGUACUCCCUGUUGUACUCUCUGUUGUCUGUUCUACUCUGUUGUCUGUUCUACUCUGUUGUCUGUUGUACUCUCUGUUGUACUCUCUGUUGUACUCUCUGUUGUACUCCCUGUUGUACUCUCUGUUGUCUUUUGUUCUCUCUGUUGUACUCUCUGCUGUACUCUGUGGUACUCUCUGUUGUCUGUUGUACUCUCUGUUGUACUCUCUGUUGUACUCUCUGUUGUACUCUCUGUUGUCUGUUGUACUCUCUGCUGUACUCUGUUGUACUCUCUGUUGUCUGUUGUACUCCCUGUUGUACUCUCUGUUGUAUGUUGUACUCUCUGUUGUCUGUUGUACUCUCUGUUGUACUCUCUGUUGUACUCUCUGUUGUCUGUUGUACUCUCUGUUGUACUCUCUGUUGUACUCUCUGUUGUCUGUUGUACUCCCUGUUGUCUGUUGUACUCUCUGUUGUACUCUCUGUUGUACUCUUUGUUGUACUCUCUGUUGUCUGUUGUACUCUCUGCUGUACUCUGUGGUACUCUCUGUUUUCUGUUGUACUCUCUGUUGUACUCUCUGUUGUACUCCCUGUUGUACUCUCUGUUGUACUCUCUGUUGUCUGUUCUACUCUGUUGUCUGUUGUACUCUCUGUUGUACUCUCUGUUGUACUCCCUGUUGUACUCUCUGUUGUCUUUUGUUCUCUCUGUUGGACUCCCUGUUGUACUCUCUGCUGUACUCUGUUGUACUCUCUGUUGUCUGUUGUACUCUCUGUUGUACUCUCUGUUGUCUGUUGUACUCUCUGUUGUCUGUUGUACUCUCUGUUGUACUCUCUGUUGUCUGUUGUACUCUCUGUUGUACUCUCUGUUGUACUCUCUGUUGUCUGUUGUACUCCCUGUUGUCUGUUGUACUCUCUGUUGUACUCUCUGUUGUACUCUUUGUUGUACUCUCUGUUGUCUGUUGUACUCUCUGCUGUACUCUCUGUGGUACUCUCUGUUUUCUGUUGUACUCUCUGUUGUAAUCUCUGUUGUACUCUCUGUUGUACUCUAUGUUGUCUUUUGUUCUCUCUGUUGUACUCUCUGUUGUACUCUCUGUUGUACUCUCUGUUGUAAUCUCUGUUGUCUGUUCUACUCUGUUGUCUGUUCUACUCUGUUGUACUCUCUGCUGUACUCUCUGUUGUAUUCUCUGUUGUACUCUCUGUUGUACUCUCUGUUGUACUCUCUGUUGGACUCUCUGUUGUACUCUCUGCUGUACUCUGUGGUACUCUCUGUUGUCUGUUGUACUCUCUGUUGUACUCUCUGUUGGACUCCCUGUUGUACUCUCUGUUGUCUGUUGUACUCUCUGCUGUACUCUGUUGUACUCUCUGUUGUCUGUUGUACUCUCUGUUGUACUCUCUGUUGUCUGUUGUACUCUCUGUUGUCUGUUGUACUCUCUGUUGUACUCUCUGUUGUACUCUUUGUUCUACUCUCUGUUGUCUGUUGUACUCUCUGUUGUCUGUUGUACUCUCUGCUGUACUUUGUGGUACUCUCUGUUGUCUGUUGUACUCUCUGUUGUAAUCUCUGUUGUACUCCCUGUUGUACUCUCUGUUGUCUGUUGUACUCUCUGUUGUACUCUCUGUUGUCUGUUGUACUCUCUGUUGUCUGUUGUACUCUCUGCUGUACUCUGUUGUACUCUCUGUUGUCUGUUGUACUCUCUGUUGUAUGUUGUACUCUCUGUUGUACUCUCUGUUGUACUCCCUGUUGUAGUCUCUGUUGUCUGUUGUACUCGCUGUUGUACUCUCUGUUGUACUCUCUGUUGUACUCCCUGUUGUACUCCCUGUUGUACUCUCUGUUGUCUUUUGUUCUCUCUGUUGUACUCUCUGCUGUACUCUGUGGUACUCUCUGUUGUCUGUUGUACUCCCUGUUGUACUCUCUGUUGUAUGUUGUACUCUCUGUUGUACUCUCUGUUGUACUCCCUGUUGUAGUCUCUGUUGUCUGUUGUACUCGCUGUUGUACUCUCUGUUGUACUCUCUGUUGUCUGUUGUACUCCCUGUUGUAGUCUCUGUUGUCUGUUGUACUCCCUGUUGUACUCUCUGUUGUACUCUCUGUUGUACUCUCUGUGGUACUCUCUGUUGUCUGUUGUACUCUCUGUUGUACUCUCUGUUGGACUCCCUGUUGUACUCUCUGUUGUCUGUUGUACUCUCUGCUGUACUCUGUUGUACUCUCUGUUUUCUGUUGUACUCUCUGUUUUCUGUUGUACUCUCUGUUGUAAUCUCUGUUGUACUCCCUGUUGUACUCUCUGUUGUCUGUUGUACUCUCUGUUGUACUCUCUGUUGUCUUUUGUUCUCUCUGUUGUACUCUCUGUUGUACUCUCUGUUGUACUCUCUGUUGUAAUCUCUGUUGUCUGUUCUACUCUGUUGUCUGUUCUACUCUGUUGUACUCUCUGCUGUACUCUCUGUUGUACUCUCUGUUGUACUCUCUGUUGUACUCUCUGUUGUACUCUCUGUUGGACUCUCUGUUGUACUCUCUGCUGUACUCUGUGGUACUCUCUGUUGUCUGUUGUACUCUCUGUUGUACUCUCUGUUGGACUCCCUGUUGUACUCUCUGUUGUCUGUUGUACUCUCUGCUGUACUCUGUUGUACUCUCUGUUGUCUGUUGUACUCUCUGUUGUACUCUCUGUUGUCUGUUGUACUCUCUGUUGUCUGUUGUACUCUCUGUUGUACUCUCUGUUGUACUCUUUGUUCUACUCUCUGUUGUCUGUUGUACUCUCUGUUGUCUGUUGUACUCUCUGCUGUACUCUGUGGUACUCUCUGUUGUCUGUUGUACUCUCUGUUGUAAUCUCUGUUGUACUCUCUGUUUUACUCUCUGUUGUACUCUCUGUUGUACUCUCUGUUGUCUGUUGUACUCUCUGUUGUCUGUUGUACUCUCUGCUGUACUCUGUUGUACUCUCUGUUGUCUGUUGUACUCCCUGUUGUACUCUCUGUUGUAUGUUGUACUCUCUGUUGUACUCUCUGUUGUACUCCCUGUUGUAGUCUCUGUUGUCUGUUGUACUCGCUGUUGUACUCUCUGUUGUACUCUCUGUUGUACUCCCUGUUGUACUCCCUGUUGUACUCUCUGUUGUCUUUUGUUCUCUCUGUUGUACUCUCUGCUGUACUCUGUGGUACUCUCUGUUGUCUGUUGUACUCCCUGUUGUACUCUCUGUUGUAUGUUGUACUCUCUGUUGUACUCUCUGUUGUACUCCCUGUUGUAGUCUCUGUUGUCUGUUGUACUCGCUGUUGUACUCUCUGUUGUACUCUCUGUUGUCUGUUGUACUCUCUGUUGUACUCUCUGUUGUACUCUCUGUUGUACUCCCUGUUGUACUCUCUGUUGUCUGUUGUACUCUCUGUUGUACUCUCUGUUGUAUGUUGUACUCUCUGCUGUACUCUGUUGUACUCUCUGUUGUCUGUUGUACUCCCUGUUGUACUCUCUGUUGUAUGUUGUACUCUCUGUUGUACUCUUUGUUGUAGUCUCUGUUGUCUGUUGUACUCUCUGUUGUACUCUCUGUUGUCUGUUGUACUCUCUGUUGUCUGUUGUACUCUCUGUUGUACUCUCUGUUGUACUCUCUGUUGUCUGUUGUACUCCCUGUUGUAGUCUCUGUUGUCUGUUGUACUCUCUGUUGUACUCUCUGUUGUCUGUUGUACUCUCUGUUGUCUGUUGUACUCUCUGUUGUACUCUCUGUUGUACUCUCUGUUGUCUGUUGUACUCUCUGUUGUAUUCUCUGUUGUACUCCCUGUUGUACUCUCUGUUGUCUGUUGUACUCUCUGCUGUACUCUGUUGUACUCUCUGUUGUCUGUUGUACUCCCUGUUGUACUCUCUGUUGUCUGUUGUACUCUCUGCUGUACUCUGUUGUACUCUCUGUUGUCUGUUGUACUCCCUGUUGUACUUUCUGUUGUCUGUUGUACUCUCUGCUGUACUCUGUUAUACUCUCUGUUGUCUGUUGUACUCCCUGUUGUCUGUUGCACUCUCUGUUGUACUCUCUGUUGUACUCUCUGUUGUACUCUCUGUUGUACUCUCUGUUGUCUGUUGUACUCUCUGUUGUACUCUCUGUUGUCUGUUGUACUCUCUGUUGUCUGUUGUACUCUCUGUUGUACUCUCUGUUGUACUCUCUGUUUUACCCUCUGUUGUACUCCCUGUUGUACUCUCUGUUGUCUGUUGUACUCUCUGUUGUACUCUCUGUUGUCUGUUGUACUCUCUAUUGUUUGUUGUACUCUCUGCUGUACUCUGUUAUACUCUCUGUUGUCUGUUGUACUCCCUGUUGUCUGUUGCACUCUCUGUUGUACUCUCUGUUGUACUCUCUGUUGUACUCUCUGUUGUACUCUCUGUUGUCUGUUGUACUCUCUGUUGUACUCUCUGUUGUCUGUUGUACUCUCUAUUGUUUGUUGUACUCUCUGUUGUACUCCCUGUUGUCUGUUGUACUCUCAGUUUUACUCUCUGUUGUCUGUUGUACUCUCUGUUGUACUCUUUGUUGUACUCUCUGUUGUAUUCUCUGCUGUACCCUCUGUUGUGCUCUCUGUUGUACUCUCUGUUUUACUCUCUGUUGUCUGUUGUACUCUCUGUUGUACUCUUUGUUGUACUCUCUGUUGUAUUAUCUGUUGUACUCUGUUUUAUAUUCUCUGUUGUACUCUCUGUUGUCUGUUGUACUCUCUGUUGUACUCUCUGUUGUACUAUCUGUUGUAUUCUCUGUUGUCUGUUGUCCUCUGUGUUGUACUCUCUGUUGUACUCCCUGUUGUACUCUCUGUUGUACUCUCUGUUGUCCUCUGUGUUGUACUCUCUGUUGUACUCUCUGUUUUACUCUGUGUUGUCUCUCUCUCUCUCUGUUAUUCUUGAAGCUAUUGUGUCUAGUACUGUUUACAUCUUUGAGGUAAAUGUGUUGUUUUCUCUCUCUGUAGGAGGGCUGUUCUACUGACCUCUACAGACAUCCUCAGCUGGACAUGGAUAUAGAUUCAGUGAAGGCCAUCUACACUGACACGGCUGUCUCCGUCAGGUACAACCAGUUACCUAGUAACCUUGCUUUGCUUAACUUAUUGACAGAGAUAGUAGGAUGUGGUUUUAAUUAAAGGGGUACAAUGGGAAGGCAUCUGCUCUCAGUGAAAUGCUUGUUAUCAUUUAACACGUACGGAAAAGUACGAAAGAGUACAAAAAUACAUGGAUGUCUGGAUAAGAACGUCUGCUAAAUGACUGGAAUGUAAAUGACUCCUGACCUUCUCUCUCUCUCCUUCCUCCUCUCCAGAGAGUAUGGCUCCAUUGACGAUGUGGAUGUUGACAUGCUAAUCAAUGUCAGCUUCCUGGAUGUGAGUCGACUACACUAUCCACCAUCAUCAUGAUAUGUAUCACAUACAAGUAUAUAUUUUAAGUUGUAUAUGAUGCCCCUGAGGAUUUUCCCAUGUUGUAUAUGAUGCCCCUGAGGAUUUUUCCAUGUUGUAUAUGAUGCCCCUGAUGAUCUUCCCAUGUUGUACGUGAUGCCCCUUGGGAUCUUCCCAUGUUGUAUAUGAUGCCCCUGAGGAUCUUCCCAUGUUGUAUAUGAUGCCCCUGAGGAUCUUCCCAUGUUGUAUAUGAUGCCCCUGAGGAUUUUUCCAUGUUGUAUAUGAUGCCCCUGAUGAUCUUCCCAUGUUGUACGUGAUGCCCCUUGGGAUCUUCCCAUGUUGUAUAUGAUGCCCCUGAGGAUCUUCCCAUGUUGUAUAUGAUGCCCCUGAGGAUCUUCCCAUGUUGUAUAUGAUGCCCCUGAUGAUCUUCCCAUGUUGUACGUGAUGCCCCUUGGGAUCUUCCCAUGUUGUAUAUGAUGCCCCUGAGGAUCUUCCCAUGUUUCUGACACUGUUUGUUGUCUUGUCUCCAGGAUGAAGUAGCCAGGGCCUGGAAGAUCAUCCCAACAGAGCCUAUUAUCGUCCGGCUGCGCUUCUCUCUGUCCCAAUACAUGAAUGGGCCAGCACCCUCUGUGGAGGUGUUCCAACCUUCUAACAGAGAAGGGUUCAGCCUGGGACUACAGCUGCAGAAGUGAGCAUGCUAAGACUCCCCUCUCACUAUAGACCUAGAGUUCUAUUCUAUUCUAUUCUAGUCUAGUCUAUUCUAGUCUAUUCUAGUCUAUUCCAGUCUAGUCUAUCUUAUUCUAUUCUAGUCUAGUCUAGUCUAUUCUAUUCUAUUCUAUUCUAGUCUAUUCUAGUCUAUUCUAUAACUAUUCUAUUCUAUUCUAGUCUAUUCUAGUCUAUUCUAUUCUAUUCUAGUCUAUUCUAGUCUAUUCUAUUCUGUUCUAUUCUAGUCUAUUCUAGUCUAUUCUAGUCUAUUCCAGUCUAGUCUAGUCUAUUCUAUUCUAUUCUAGUCUAGUCUAGUUUAGAUUAGUCUAGUCUAGUUUAGUCUAUAUCUCACCAACACAGUAGAAGCUGCAUUUUCUCCUCAAAGCAUUCACUGGAAAGCAUUAUAACUACACUAUUAUAUAUACUAUUAUAUCUGUCUGGAAGGACCAUUGUCAUGGCCCAAGGGAACAUUUAGGCAGGGCUACCCCCUCAUCACCAGAGUGUGAUUUCAAAUCACCUCUGCUACAAUACGUUUUACUAUUAGAACUACUCAGAAUGUGAAAAGAGAACUCAAUGGAGGCAAUGGAGUGGACAGAACAAAAAGCAAAAGCAAUGGAGGUGAGUGAUGACCUCUCUCUCCUCCUCUCUCCCAGGGUCCUCUCUAGCUUUGCGUCCCAGCAGUGGAAGUACCUGAGUAAUGAAACCCUCACUGCCCAACAGAAGAUCAGACACACUUGGUUCAAACCUGGAGGAACCAUCAAGAGGUUCAGGGCUGGACUCGGCAUCCUGUCACCCAUGUCCAAGUACACUACUACAGUGCACACUCAGUCUUAGUCGACUUCUGUAUCUUUAGCCUAGUGGUGUAUUCUGAAUAAGUUUAAGCAAUAUGGCAUCAAUUCAGAUAUAUAGGAGUGGCUAGUGUUAGGUCUAGGGGUUGUUUCUGCAUAGCCUUGUAGUUUCAUGGAUCUUUCGUUCUCAGUGUCAUCAUAAUCUCUGCUCCCUCCCUGUGUGACCCAGGUCCAGUGGCCAGGAGCAUGUUCUGAAGGUGAAGAUGAUUGGACCGGAGCUGAAAGUGAAUCUCCUUAUGAAUCGGACAAUGGCUUACACCAUCAAGAACCCCAGAGGAGAACUCCACACUUACACAACUAAUGGCAAGGUAUGGCCAGGACCUAUCCUCAGCUAUACUCAACUACCUACCUAGUAUGGCCAGGACCUAUCCUCAGCUAACCUCAACUAUACUCAACUACCUACCUAGUAUGGCCAGGACCUAUCCUCAGCUAACCUCAACUAUACUCAACUACCUACCUAGUAUGGCCAGGACCUAUCCUCAGCUAACCUCAACUAUACUCAACUACCUACCUAGUAUGGCCAGGACCUAUCCUCAGCUAACCUCAACUAUACUCAACUACCUACCUAGUAUGGCCAGGACCUAUCCUCAGCUAACCUCAACUAUACUCAACUACCUACCUAGUAUGGCCAGGACCUAUCCUCAGCUAACCUCAACUAUACUCAACUACCUACCUAGUAUGGCCAGGACCUAUCCUCAGCUAUACUCAACUAUACUCAACUACCUACCUAGUAUGGCCAGGACCUAUCCUCAGCUAUAAACUAUACUCAACUACCUACCUAGUAUGGCCAGGACCUAUCCUCAGCUAUACUCAACUACCUAGCUACCGACCUAGUUACUGUAAGCCACACACACACUCAGCUGUCCCCAUAGGAGAACCCUUUGGAUAGCCCUUUUUGGUUCCAGGUAGGACCCUUUUCAUUUCCAUGUAGAACCCUCUGUGGAAAGGGUUCUACAUGGAACCCAAAAGGGUUCUACCUGGAACCAAAAGCGUUCUGGAACCAAAAAGGUUUAUCCAAAGGGUUCUCCUAUGGGGACAGCCAAAGAAUGCUUUUAGGGUCUAGAUAGCACCUUUUUUUCAAAGAGUGCAGGUCUAAUUAAUGCCAUAUUAGCCUGGUUUCUGUACUCCUAUGGUCGCUGUGGCAACAAAACACAAAUAAAUCCAGGACCAGGAUAAUGCCACAUAUGGUUACUAAAAUGCUUGAAAUUGUUGCGCAUUUGCUCAUUCAAAUUAGCCAUCUUCAGUGUUAACGUUAUUUUCUCUUGUUUUGUUUUCCAUCCAUGUGACAUCAUGUUUUGUCCUCUCUUCUCUCCUCAGAGGGUGUUGGUGUCUGCUGCCAGGUCUCCGGCUCACAUCACAACUAAACAGCUGGUUGAGGUGCUGUUCUCAUCCCAAGCCUUUAUUCACUGCAAGUCAGUCCCCACCCUGCAACAUGGUUUCUUAGUACAGGUAAAGCCUAAUAACUUUGCCCUUACUGACAUAUAUGCAAUUAGAUUCUUCCUUGACUGUCAGCAAACUUAGUGAAUGAGUGAGUGAUUGAUGUACUGGGCUCUUGUUGAAACUUUGUUGAGAGGUCUUAUACAGUAUCCAGGUUAAUCUCAUGUUGCCAGACAGCAGAACAAAACCUUGAACGGCUUGAGGCAAGGCUAUUUUCAGAUCUGUUGACUGAGGCAGGGAUAUAACUACAGUAACGGUUAUAUUCUUAUUUUCUCAUCUGCUAUGGCAAUACUACAUUACACUGACUGAGUCCUUUCUCUGUGUGUUGUAGGUAAUGAAGUACGCAGAACAGAGGAUCCCCACUCUGAAUGAAUACUGUGUGGUCUGUGACGAGCGACACGUCUUUCAGUACGGCUCUAUGUUGAAGGUAUACUCCAUAAAAUGGCUUAAAAUGGCUGUUAUUUAUUUAUUAUUAUUAGGGGACCAUACCAUACAUGCUUAUUACAACUACAUAAUGAGGCGUUAUACAUGCCGCAUAUAAGUAAAGUGUUAUCAAAUAUUAUAUUAACUGGAUGGCUUUAGUACAGAUACAGUGGGGGAAAAAAGUAUUUAGUCAGCCACCAAUUGUGCAAGUUCUCCCACUUAAAAAGAUGAGAGAGGCCUGUAAUUUUCAUCAUAGGUACACGUCAACUAUGACAGACAAAUUGAGGAAAAAAAAUCCAGAAAAUCACAUUGUAGGAUUUUUAAUGAAUUUAUUUGCAAAUUAUGGUGGAAAAUAAGUAUUUGGUCACCUACAAACAAGCAAGAUUUCUGGCUCUCACAGACCUGUAACUUCUUCUUUAAGAGGCUCCUCUGUCCUCCACUCGUUACCUGUAUUAAUGGCACCUGUUUGAACUUGUUAUCAGUAUAAAAGACACCUGUCCACAACCUCAAACAGUCACACUCCAAACUCCACUAUGGCCAAGACCAAAGAGCUGUCAAAGGACACCAGAAACAAAAUUGUAGACCUGCACCAGGCUGGGAAGACUGAAUCUGCAAUAGGUAAGCAGCAUGGUUUGAAGAAAUCAACUGUGGGAGCAAUUAUUAGGAAAUGGAAGACAUACAAGACCACUGAUAAUCUCCCUCGAUCUGGGGCUCCACGCAAGAUCUCACCCCGUGGGGUCAAAAUGAUCACAAGAACGGUGAGCAAAAAUCCCAGAACCACACGGGGGGACCUAGUGAAUGACCAGCAGAGAGCUGGGACCAAAGUAACAAAGCCUACCAUCAGUAACACACUACGCCGCCAGGGACUCAAAUCCUGCAGUGCCAGACGUGUCCCCCUGCUUAAGCCAGUACAUGUCCAGGCCCGUCUGAAAUUUGCUAGAGUGCAUUUGGAUGAUCCAGAAGAGGAUUGGGAGAAUGUCAUAUGGUCAGAUGAAACCAAAAUAUAACUUUUUGGUAAAAACUCAACUUGUCGUGUUUGGAGGACAAAGAAUGCUGAGUUGCAUCCAAAGAACACCAUACCUACUGUGAAGCAUGGGGGUGGAAACAUCAUGCUUUGGGGCUGUUUUUCUGCAAAGGGACCAGGACGACUGAUCCGUGUAAAGGAAAGAAUGAAUGGGGCCAUGUAUCGUGAGAUUUUGAGUGAAAACCUCCUUCCAUCAGCAAGGGCAUUGAAGAUGAAACGUGGCUGGGUCUUUCAGCAUGACAAUGAUCCCAAACACACCGCCCGGGCAACGAAGGAGUGGCUUCGUAAGAAGCAUUUCAAGGUCCUGGAAUGGCCUAGCCAGUCUCCAGAUCUCAACCCCAUAGAAAAUGUUUGGAGGGAGUUGAAAGUCCGUGUUGCGCAGCGACAGCCCCAAAACAUCACUGCUCUAGAGGAGAUCUGCAUGGAGGAAUGGGCCAAAAUACCAGCAACAGUGUGUGAAAACCUUGUGAAGACUUACAGAAAACGUUUGACCUAUGUCAUUGCCAACAAAGGGUAUAUAACAAAGUAUUGAGAAACUUUUGUUAUUGACCAAAUACUUAUUUUCCACCAUAAUUUGCAAAUAAAUUCAUUAAAAAUCCUACAAUGUGAUUUUCUGGAUUUUUUUUUCUCAUUUUGUCUGUCAUAGUUGACGUGUACCUAUGAUGAAAAUUACAGGCCUCUCUUGUCACGCCCUGGCUCUGGGGACAAUGUUAUGUUGAGCCAGGGUGUGUAUUCUAUGUUUGAUUUUCUAUGUUGGGCUUAGUGACUCCCAAUCAGAGGCAACGAGUGUCAGCUGGUUGUCUCUGAUUGGGAGCCAUAUUUAACUAUCGGUCUUUUCACUUUGUGUUGUGGUUUCUUGUUCAUUUCGGUUUGUGUUAAACCGUAGACGUCACGUUAUCGUUUAUUGUUUUGAUCGUGUGAUCAGUAAAAUAAAGGAUAUGUUCACCUUCAACGCUGCGCCUUGGUCCUCUCUCACCGACGAUCGUGACAGAAGAAACCACCAUAACAGGACCAAGCAGCAUGAAGAAGAGAGAGGAUGGACUUGGGAGCAGUUGAGUAUGAGUCUCGACUGGGCCAAGCCAAGAGAAGAGGAGAGAGGUUGGACUUUGGAGCAGUGGGGUGAGAGUCUGGCGAGAACGAUGGAGGCCUGGCCCACGGGGAGGAGAGACCCCCAGAAAAUUUUUAGGGGGGGGGCUCACGACAUCGGACCAGCAGGAGGCCGCGAUAGAGCGGCCCAGUGGGUUGCCAGAGGAGGCCGCCAGGUUACGGGGGCCACUGGUCGAAGAGGGGAUGGACGAUGUAGAGGCACGGCGAGAGGUACUGGCGUGUGUUGCCAGUCCGGUCCGGCCCGUUCCAGAUCCCGGUGUAGGGCCAGUGGUGUGUGUCCCCAGUACGGUCCGGCCCAUCCAAGCUCCCCGCACCAGGUCAGUGGUGCGCGUCGUCAGUCCGGCACGGCCCGUUCCUGCUCCCCGCACCAGGUCAGUGGUGCGCGUCGUCAGCCCAGUCCGGCCCAUCCAAGCUCCCCGCACCAGGUCAGUGGUGCGCGUCGUCAGCCCAGUCCGGCCCAUCCAAGCUCCCCGCACCAGGUCAGUGGUGCGCGUCGUCAGCCCAGUCCGGCCCAUCCAAGCUCCCCGCACCAGGUCAGUGGUGCGCAUCGUCAGCCCGGUCCGGCUCAUUCCUGCUCCCCGCACCAAGUCAGGGGUGCGCUUCGUCAGCCCGGUCCGGCCCGUUCCUGCUCCCCGCACCAAGUCAGGGGUGCGCUUCGUCAGCCCGGUCCGGCCCGUUCCUCCUCCACGCAUCAAGCCAGGGGUGUGCGUCGUCAGUCCAGCACAACCCGUGCCUGGGUCAUGUCCGGAGCCGGAUCCGCCGCCUAGGCGGAGUGCCCACCCGGUCCCUCCCCUGUGGGAUUUAGUUGGUGCGGUCGGAGUCCGCGCCUUUAGGGGGGGGUACUGUCACGCCCUGGCUCUGGGGACAAUGUUAUGUUGAGCCAGGGUGUGUAUUCUAUGUUUGAUUUUCUAUGUUGGUCUGAGUGACUCCCAAUCAGAGGCAACGAGUGUCAGCUGGUUGUCUCUGAUUGGGAGCCAUAUUUAACUAUCGGUCUUUUCACUUUGUGUUGUGGUUUCUUGUUCAUUUCGGUUUGUGUUAAACCGUAGACGUCACGUUAUCGUUUAUUGUUUUGAUCGUGUGAUCAGUAAAAUAAAGGAUAUGUUCACCUUCAACGCUGCGCCUUGGUCCUCUCUCACCGACGAUCGUGACAUCUCUCAUCUUUUUAAGUGGGAGAACUUGCACAAUUGGUGGCUGACUAAAUACUUUUUUCCCCCACUGUAUAUAGUAGUUAGGAUAAUAGUUGUUUUUUCUCUGUGUGUUUACAGCCUGCCGUGUGUAGCAGGGAACUGUGUGUGUUUUCUUUCUACACCUUGGGAGUGAUGGCAGGAGCUGUGGAGGAGGUGUCUAAUGGAGCAGAGGUAGCAAAUACUCUCUCACACACACACACACACAGAACACACAGAACACACAGAACACACAGACAGACACACACACACACAGACAGACACACACAGACACACGCAGACACACAGACACACACAGACACACACACACACACACACACACACACACACCACACACACACACACAGACACACAGACACACACAGACACACACACACACACAGACACGCAUACACACACAGACACGCAUACACACACACACACACACACACACACACACAGACACACACACACACAGACACACACACACACACAGACACGCAUACACACACAGACACACACACACAGACACACACACACAACACGCAUACACACAGACACGCAUACACACACAACACACACUCACACAUACUCCACACACAGACACGCAUACACACACAACACACACACACACACACACAUACACACAACAACACAACACACCCACACACACACACACACACACACACAACAGACCAUACACACACACACACACACACAGACACACACACACACACACACACACACACACACAACACACCACAUACAACACACACACACACACACCACACACACAUACACACACACACACACACACAUACACACACACACACACACACACACAUACACACACACACACAGAGACAUGCAGACACAGACACACACCAUAGACAAUAAAAGGCACAUCCACACGCACGCAUGGACACAUUCUCACACACGCACACACACACACAUUCACACACAGACAUACACACACACACACACACACACACACAUAAGUGAUAAUAACUAACUAAGUUGGUUCUGACCUCCAGGUAGUGGACUUGUUGGUGGCCAUGUGCAGGGCGGCUCUGGAGUCCUCCAGGAAGAGCAUCAUCUUGGAGCCAUACCCCUCUGUGGUCGACCCAUACAACACCAAGUCUCUGGCCUUCAGUCCCAGGGUAAUGGACUAGCACGCUAUUAAGGCCACAUUAACUCAUCCACUCACUGCAUUAUGUCAUGGCCUGGCUGAUAAAGCAGACUUUAGUCAGUGGUGUGAGACCUGGCUGAUAAAGCAGACUUUAGUCAGUGGUGUGAGACCUGGCUGAUAAAGCAGACUUUAGUCAGUGGUGUGAGACCUGGCUGAUAAAGCAGACUUUAGUCAGUGGUGUGAGACCUGGCUGAUAAAGCAGACUUCAGUCAGUGGUGUGAGACCUGGCUGAUAAAGCAGACUUUAGUCCGUGGUGUGAGACCUGGCUGAUAAAGCAGACUUCAGUCAGUGGUGUGAGACCUGGCUGAUAAAGCAGACUUUAGUCAGUGGUGUGAGAUCUUUACAGUAUGCACCGAAUGUCUGGCCAGUAAAAGUAUCUCUUGCAGGUCUUCUUUUUUACUGAAACUAACCUGUAUAACAUGUUUCCUUUUGUCACAGAGGAAGAGCUACGAUCGACUGCAGAAGGCUCUGGACAGCAUCAUGACCAUCAGGGAGAUGACGCAGGUGACUAAACAUAACCAAUGAAUCAUACAUUAAUUUAAUUCAUUCAUCAUUCAUUCAUUCAUUGAAAAUCUCUCUUCAUUUACUCACUUAUUCACUUACUGAAAUGAUCAUGAACUUUCAGGGUCCGUAUUCAUCAAUCAAGAAACAGAUGGACACAAUAGAUCCUCUUGCUCACCCUUUACUGCAAUGGAUCAUAUCAAGCAACAGAUCACAUAUUGUCAAGCUACCGCUGAACAGGGUAAGCUGGGACAAUACCGCUGUUCAUUCACUUUCUGGAGGUAGCACCUGAAUAUAUGUGGACGACAGUGUUAAAAAAAACAGCUGUCAGUGCCUUUUUUUGUAAUCGGUGGUUCUCAACUUUUUGGGGGUAACUGUACCCAGGGGCGCAACUUUGGUUUUAGAAGUGGGGGGGACAUAACUUUUUAUUUUUAUUUUUAUCCAUUCUGAUAAAUACUCCAAAUAACCUACCCGACCGCUCGGAGGUGUCCGCAUGGUCCUAAAACUCACCUCGCCUCGUUUUGUAUCACAUUCCAAUGAUAAAACUGGGUGGGGGGGGCACAAAUGCAAUAUCAGAAUGAGGGGGGAGACGUGUCCCCCCCGUCCCCAGUGAAUGUACCCCAAUCACGUUUUGCUCUGCCCAAAGUGUCGACCACAUGUCCAACUUCAGCCUUAUACAUGAUACUGGACAUUCUCUUAUACAUGAUACUGGACAUUCUCUUAUAAAUGAUACUGGACAUUCUCUUAUAAAUGAUACUGGACAUUCUCUUAUAAAUGAUACUGGACAUUCUCUUAUAAAUGAUACUGGACAUUCUCUUAUACAUGAUACUGGACAUUCUCUUAUACAUGAUACUGGACAUUCUCUUAUACAUGAUACUGGACAUUCUCUUAUACAUGAUACUGGACAUUCUUUUAUACAUGAUACUGGACAUUCUCUUAUAAAUGAUACUGGACAUUCUCUUAUAAAUGAUACUGGACAUUCUCUUAUAAAUGAUACUGGACAUUCUCUUAUACAUGAUACUGGACAUUCUCUUAUAAAUGAUACUGGACAUUCUCUUAUACAUGAUACUGGACAUUCUCUUAUGAAUGAUACUGGACAUUCUCUAAUACAUGAUACUGGACAUUCUCUUAUACAUGAUACUGGACAUUCUCUAAUACAUGAUACUGGACAUUCUCUUAUGAAUGAUACUGGACAUUCUCUUAUACAUGAUACUGGACAUUCUCUUAUACAUCUUUCUUUCCCUCAUUAUCUUUGUUUUCCGCCUCCUAUACAGCAACUGAAGUUCAUGCACACUCCACAUCAGUUCCUGUUGACCAGCAGCCCUCCUGCCAAAGAAGCUCGCUUCCGGGCCGCUAGGAAACUAUAUGGCAGCACCUUCGCCUUCCAGUAAGUCUCACUCACUCACUCACACACACACUUGCACACACGCACACACACGCACACAUACACACACACACACACACACACACACACACACACACACACACACACACACACACACACACACACACACACACACACACACACACACACACACACACACACACACACGCACACACACACACCCACCAUUCUAUAGUCACUCGAACAUCUCUGCCAUUCUGUUUCUCCAGUGGUUCCCACAUAGAGAACUGGCACUCUAUUCUGAGAAAUGGACUUGUCAACGCCUCAUGCACAAAACUGCAGGUAUGUAAUACUCAAAAUAACAAAUGCAUUCAUUCAUUUUUUAUUUUUUUAAAUCUUAGAUAAUUGUACCAAGGGACAACAAUUUUAGAUCUCCUGUCUAUCUGAUAUGGUAGUCUUUUAAAACGUUUUUAAAGCUAUUUUUCAUCAACUCUGAUAAAAAUGGUUACCUUCAGUUCACCCUUUGCUCAAAUGUCCUCUACAAGCUACAUGGUGCUGUGUAUGGGAAGGGUAUCUACCUGAGUCCUGUCUCUAGCAUCUCAUAUGGAUACUCAGGGAUAGGUAAAGGACAGCACCACAUCACCACCAAACAGGAGCUGGUCAAACGUUACAACCGCAUCAAUACCACACAACAGGUACUUUUUUUUCUCCACCUGAAGACAUUUACAUACUGUACAGCAAAACGCACCACCGUAACAGAAUUACAUACAGGCACAUCUAGGUAAAGAAAUUAUUUUGUUCCAAGUUAUUGAAUGUGUUUUUUUUACAGUAACUCUUUGUCUUUUCAGGAAAGACCGGGCCAGUCAAGGUUUCUUCAGAGCAGGAAUUUAAACUGCAUCGCACUUUGUGAAGGUAAAGAAAACAUCUUAUCAUUAUGAUAUCAAGAUAAACAGACAUGACUGUCCUGCAUUUGUAGCAGAAGCUUAUUUGGUUGGUCUAUAUAAUGUAUAAAGCAUUCAAUUGACUGAUAGAUUAUUGUUUCCUCAGUGAUAACAUCAAAGGACCUUCAGAAACAUGGGGACACAUGGGUGUGUCCAAUAUCCGACCACGUCUGUACGCGAUUCUUCUUUGUGUGAGUAUGGAGCAUCAGUAAACUAAACACGAAAACAAAAUCAUCUUUCACUGACCUUUCAAUCACCUCUCUCGCUCUCUCUCUCUCUCUCUCUCUCUCUCUCUCUCUGUCUCUCUCUCUGUCUCUCUCUCUGUCUCUCUCUGUGUCUCUGCCUGAUAAUCAUUCUCCUCUCCAGGUAUGAGAACGGCCAGGUGGGAGAUGCCGACAUCAACACCCAGGACAUAAGGAUUGAGCAGGAGAUAAUACGGGUGAUUGGGACUAAGCCUAGCUGAGGAGGACCUGUGUCACUACACAUGCAGCUGACUGGAGACAGAGCUAUAUGUACAGUAUGGCUCUGGCUGGGGAUACACAGAUGGCCCCAGGGAGGAUGGGGAACUCUUUAAACACUACUGAAACACUACUAGAAAGCCGAGCCACAGAGCUGUGCUGCAUGGACCAAUGGGGAACUGUGAAUAUCAUAUAUGGACCAAUGGGGAACUUGGAACAUUGUAUGGACCAACCCUGAAUAUCACAUGGACCAAUGGGAACUCUGAAUAUCAUAUGAACCAGUGGGGAACUUGGAAUAUUGUAUGGACCAAUGGGGAGGACUCAGAAUAUUGCAUGGACCAAUAGGGAACUCCACACAGUAAGCAAGAAAGGUGUCCUUACAAAGGCAGUCACACAAUUUCACGUGGAGAUGUGAUCACUAUUGACCUCCAAGGGGAUGUGAUAUUUCAUUGUCAUUACAGGCAAUAGGAUUUUCUAUGUGACAGAUGGGGAGGGAUUUUCUCAUAUUAAUAUUAUAAUAUGAUUAUAACACGAUUAUGCUUUGCACAUUGGUCAUCAUGCAACUGCCUCUAAAAAAAACAAUGGGUUUGACUUGCCUUUAAAAUAUAUAUCACAGUACAGUGAACAGUGUCUUGGCAGUGUCCUCGGCCGUGCCAGCUGUAGCACGAAGCUAGCUAGCUAGCCGUUCUUCAAACAGAGUCGACACAGUGGCCAUUGCUAGCUACCCAACAUGACCAUUUGGCUGUACUGUAGUAGCUAACCACAAUUAACUUGUCCUAGCUAGCCAACGUCUAAUCAUUGCUGCGUCAUAUAAGGAACUUGACACAGACACGAAUGAUCUGUUUAGUGUGAUAUCACAAUAUUGGUGGUUUGUUGUGACCAAGUGUUGGCGCUAAACGGUGUGUUAUUGUUAUUGGAUGCUAGUCUGCUAGUUGGCUAUGGAGUCAUAGUUGGCUAGCUGAACAAAGUGGGUUGAGUCUACUCCUUUAAACAUUGAACCGCUGUGGUUCACAACAAUUCUGAUUUCCAAAGGCGGAAGUUGGGAGAGUUUUUGUUCGGGUGGUUCAGUGAAACAAUUUUAGUUUCCGAGCUAGAAGAUUUGGUGAGGGAGGCCCUGCUCUCUCCACUCCCAGAUGCUUAGCCCAUUUCAUUCCGAUCUCCUCUGCAUUUUUGUAGCCAUUUGCUACAGCCUGUCAACUAUGCCUCUGCCUAUCCCUGUUCUCUCCUCUCUGCACAGGCUACACAAACGCACCACACCGCGUGGCUGCUGCCUCUCCAAUUUGGUGGUCCCUGCACGCACCACCCACGUGGAGUUCCAGGUCGCAGGCAGCCUCUGGAACUGCCGUUCUGCUGCCAACAAAGCUGACUUCAUCCCAGCCUAUGCCAACCUCCAGUCCCUCGACUUCCUGGCGCUGACGGAAACAUGGAUCACCACUGAAAACACCGCUACUCCUACUGCUCUCUCCUCGUCUGACCAUGUGUUCUCGCAUACCCCGAGAGCAUCUGGUCAGAGGGGUGGUGGUACAGGAAUCCUCAUCUCUCCCAAGUGGACAUUCUCAAUUUUUCCCCUAACCCAUCUGUCUAUCUCCUCAUUUGAAUUCCAUGCUGUCACAGUCACUAGCCCAUUUAAGCUUAAUAUCCUUGUCAUCUAUCGCCCUCCAGGUUCCCUUGGAGAGUUCAUCAAUGAGCUUGACGCCUUGAUAAGUUCCUUCCCUGAGGAUGGCUCACCCCUCACAGUUUUGGGGGAUUUCAACCUCCCUAUGUCCACAUUUGACUCAUUUCUCUCUGCCUCCUUCUUUCCACUCCUCUCCUCUUUUGACCUCACCCUCUCACCGUCCCCCCCUACUCACAAGGCAGGCAAUACGCUUGACCUCAUCUUCACUAGAUGCUGCUCCUCUACUAAUCUCACUGCAACUCCCCUCCAAGUCUCCGACCACUACUUUGUUUCCUUUUCUCUCUCACUCUCCUCCCACACUACUCACUCUGCCCCUACACAGAUGGUAAUGCGCCGCCGCAACCUUCGCUCUCUCUCUCCCACUACUCUCUCCUCUUCCAUCCUAUCAUCUCUUCCCUCUGCUCAAUCCUUCUCCCUCCAAUCUCCUGAUUCUGCCUCCUCAACCCUCCUCUCCUCCCUUUCUGCAUCCUUUGACUCUCUGUGUCCCCUAUCCUCACGGCCGGCUCGGUCCUCCCCUCCAGCUCCGUGGCUUGAUGACUCAUUGCGAGCUCACAGAACAGAGCUCCGGGCAGCGGAGCGGAAAUGGAAGAAAACUAAAUUCCCUGCCGACCUGGCAUCUUUUCACUCCCUCCUCUCUACAUUUUCUUCAUCUGUUUCUGCUGCUAAGGCCACCUUCUACCACUCUAAAUUCCAAGCAUCUGCCUCUAACCCUAGGAAGCUCUUUGCCACAUUUUCCUCCCUCCUGAAUCCUCCCCCCCCCCCUCCCCCCCUCCUCUCUCUCUGUGGAUGACUUCGUCAACCACUUUGAAAAGAAGGUUGACGACAUCCGAUCCUUGUUUGUUAAGCCUAAUGACACUGCUGGUCCUGCUCACACUGCCCUACCCUAUGCUUUGACUUCUUUCUCCCCUCUCUCUCCAGAUAAGAUCCUGCGACUUGUGACUGCAGGCCGCCCAACAACCUGCCCGCUUGACCCCAUCCCCUCCUCCCUUCUCCAGACCAUCUCCGGUGACCUUCUCCCCUACCUCACCUCGCUGAUCAACUCAUCCUUGACCGCUGGCCAUGUCCCUUCCGUCUUCAAGAGAGCGAGAGUUACUCCCCUUCUCAAAAAACCAACACUCGACCCCACUGAUGUCAACAACUACAGACCAGUAUCCCUUCUUUCUUUUCUUUCCAAAACUAUUGAGCGUGCCGUCUUUAGCCAACUCUCUUGCUAUCUCUCUCAGAAUGACCUUCUUGAUCCAAACCAAUCAGGUUUCAGGACUGGUCAUUCAACUGAGACUGCUCUUCUCUGUGUCACAGAGACUCUCCGCACUGCUAAAGCUAACUCUCUCUCCUCUGCUCUUGUCCUUCUAGAUCUGUCUGCUGCCUUUGAUACUGUGAACCAUCAGAUCCUCCUCUCCACCCUCUCCGAAAUGGGCAUCUCCGGCGCGGCUCACUCCUGGAUUGCGUCCUACCUGACCGGUCGCUCCUACCAAGUGGCGUGGCGGGAAGCUGUCUCCGCACCACGUGCUCUCACCACUGGUGUCCCCCAGGGAUCGGUUUUGGGCCCUCUCCUUUUCUCCCUAUACACCAAGUCACUUGGCUCUGUCAUAUCCUCACAUGGCCUUUCCUAUCAUUGCUACGCUGACGAUACACAACUAAUCUUCUCCUUUCCCCCUUCUGAUCACCAGGUGGCGAAUCGCAUCUCUGCAUGUCUGGCAGACAUAUCAGUAUGGAUGACGGAUCACCACCUCAAGCUGAACCCUAGCAAGACGGAGCUGCUCUUCCUCCCCGGGAAGGACUGCCCGUUCCAUGAUCUCGCCAUCACGGUAGACAACUCCGCUGUGUCCUCCACCCAGAGUGCGAAGAGCCUAGGCGUGACCCUGGACAACACCCUGUCGUUCUCCGCCAACAUCAAGGCGGUGACCCGCUCCUGCAGGUUCAUGCUCUACAACAUUCGGAGAGUGCGACCCUGCCUUACACAGGAAGCGGCGCAGGUCCUGGUCCAGGCACUUGUCAUCUCCCGUCUGGACUACUGCAACUCGCUGUUGGCUGGGCUCCCUGCCUGUGCCAUUAAACCCCUACAACUCAUCCAGAAUGCCGCAGCCCGUCUGGUGUUCAACCUUCCCAAGUUCUCUCACGUCACCCCCCUCCUCCGCACACUCCACUGGCUUCCAAUUGAAGCUCGCAUCCGCUACAAGACCAUGGUGCUUGCCUUUGGAGCAGUGAGGGGAACGGCACCCCUGUACCUUCAGGCUCUGAUCAGUCCCUACACCCAAACGAGGACAUUGCGUUCAUCCACCUCUGGCCUGCUGGCUCCCCUUCCUCUGCGGAAGCACAGCUCCCCCUCAGCCCAGUCAAAACUGUUCGCUGCUCUGGCACCCCAAUGGUGGAACAAGCUCCCUCACGACGCCAGGACAGCGGAGUCACUCACCACCUUCCGGAGACAUUUGAAACCCCACCUCUUUAAGGAAUACCUGGGAUAGGCUAAAGUAUUCCUUCUAACCCCCCCCCCCCCCCCCCCCCCCCCCCCCCCCCCAAAUUGUAAAGUGGUUAUCCCACUGGCUAUAGGGUGAACGCACCAAUUUGUGAGUCGCUCUGGCUAAGAGCGUCUGCUAAAUGACGUUAAUGUGCCCUUGAGCAAGGCACUUAACCCUAAUUGCUCCUGUAAGUCGCUCUGGUUAAGAGCGUCUGCUAAAUGACUAAAAUGUAAAAUGUAAAUGUAAACAGUGGUUUGUUAUCAGAGUAAUGUGACUAUUCUUGUGCAAUACUUUUAUAAUAAUUUCUUAUGACCAAUUUUUUAAUUAAAGUUUGUCGCUUGUUAAAUCAGUGAAAAUCAGUGAAAAUCCAUAUACACUACUCAGACCCAGUCUCUCUAGCCUAUGAACUGAACCAUUUAAUCCAUACACUACUCAGACCCAGUCUCUCUAGCCUAUGAACUGAACCAUUUAAUCCAUACACU